UUCCUGGCGCGCGCGAAGGAGGGCGAACUGCGCCUGCGCUCCAGACCAACAUGGCGGCCUCCAGGCUCCUCUCGCGGACAGCAGCCCUUCUUCGGCCCAGCAGAUGUGUGACAGUUGUGAGAUCCACAUCCGGACUCCUGAGGCAUCACAGGACCCUCUCGGUUGCACCAGCCAGCCAGCCACAGGAUGAUAUUGAGGAGAAGCUUCUGCGGGAGCCAUUGAAGCAUGCAGACUUCUUCAAUCUGCAGGAGCUCUUUUCUCUCCAGGAGCUCUUCGACGCUCGAGUCCACCUUGGCCACAAGAAGGGCAGCCGCCACAGAUACAUGGUGCCGUAUCUCUUUGGCUGCCGCUUGGAGCACGACAUCAUUGACCUUGAACAGACGGCGCAGCACCUCCAGCUGGCCCUCAAUUUCAUGGCCCACGUGGCCUUCCGCAAAGGCAUCAUCCUCUUCAUCAGCCGCCAUCGCCAGACGUCCCACCAGGUGGAAAACGUGGCCAAGGAAUGCGGGGAGUACGCCCACACCCGCUACUGGCAGGGCGGCUUGCUGACCAACGCCCCCAUCCAGUACAGUGCCGGUGUCCGCCUGCCGGACCUCCUGAUCUUCCUCAACACUUUCAACAAUGUCUUUGAGCCUCACCUGGCCAUCCGGGACGCGGCCAAGAUGAGCAUCCCCACCGUGGCUGUGGUGGACACCAACGCCAAUCCCUCCCUCAUCACCUACCCCAUCCCGGGGAAUGACGACAGCCCCUCGGCCAUCAGCCUUUACCUCUCGCUCUUCAAGACCACCAUCUUGAGAGCCAAGGAGAAGAGGAGGCACCUGGAGGCUUUAUUCCGGCUGCAGAAGAAGUCCGCCAGGCCCAUUGCCCCCCUCCAGCGCCCAAUUCCUAGGGUGGAUGAGGAGAACGGGCAUUCCAACUCCUCAAGUUAGGACUUGCAGUCUCUACAUAUACCUGCUGGACUGAACCCCUCCCAUUUCUUAGCCUGCCUCUAAUACAACCGAGGUGGGUUUCUCCCAGUUUGGCCCGAUUUGGCCGAACCGGUAGUGGAAUUCAGGCCUGGGUUGCAGAACCGG